AUAGAAUAGUGUGUUAUUAUGUCGCUCAAAUAAGAACGCCACCCCCUUUGCCUUUGGACUUUCUCAACUACUCUCUCUCUCUGUCUCUCUCACUAUUUUUCGACUCUUCUCUGGUGUGAUUAUUAUUAUUAUUAUCAUGUGAUUCUGAUUUCAUGGUGUGAGAAAAGAGAAACUACGACCCAGCAAUGUUUGAGAAAGUAUUUCGGCCACUUCUGUUGGGAUAUAUUGGCCGAUACAUCAAAGAUAUCCCCAUUGAUCAGCUUAAAAUCGACAUUUGGAAAGGGAAAGUAUUCUCGUUGGAAUUAGAAAAUGUAGAGCUUAAUCUUGAAGCCUUCGAUUAUCUCCAGUUGCCUUUUGCCCUAAAGCAAGGUCGGGUUGGUAAGUUAAGCAUUAAUAUUCCAUGGACAAUGCUUGGCCGAGAAUCCAUCAUUAUUACUUUAGAGGACGUAUUUGUUUGUGCAUCCCAGCGGGAUGAUCAAGAGUGGAAUUUGGAUGCAGUCGAAAAAAGAGAAUUUGCUGGAAAAAAGGCUAAACUUGCUGCAGCAGAGCUGGCAAAAUUAUCAAGACGUGUAUUUGAUAAUCAGGCUGGGUUUAGUUCAUACAUUACUGCAAAGAUUCUUGACAGCAUCCGAGUCACCAUCAGAAAUUUUCAUGUUGUGUACCAGGAUACGCAGAAUGACUUGGAACAUAUUACUUUGGGUUUAAAGCUUUCCAGCUUGACGAUUAUGAAGCAAAAUCCUGUUUGGUCAUAUAAUGGAUUGGUAAGGGGGGACCAAGUCAACAAAAUUGUGGAGAUUAUUGGUUUGGAAAUUUAUUGCCGCACAUUUCACGGAACAAUGGACUUGAUGACUCUGGAAAAUGCUGGAAACUCCAAAUUACGGGGAAAUGAAGAAUCUGGAGGGAAAAAUUGUGACUCCUUAUUGGCACCUUGUGAUGUAUCAUUGUCUCUCUUGGUUAACAGAUCAGGAAAGCUUGAUAACAAUGCACCACAAUAUUCUAUGACCGCUGAGUUAACUGGCUUGGUCAUAUCGUUGAAUGAGGUUCAGUUGCAGCAAAUUUUGGUGUUGUGGGAUUAUUUAGGCACAUGUCAUUUGAGAGAGAGGUAUGGACGUUAUCGUCCCUGGUGUAGUCCUUUAUCAAGAAAACUCAAUGGUUGGCAGAUAUUGUGGUGGCACUAUGCGCAAGAAUCUGUCUUAUCAGAUGUUCGUAAUAAAUUAAAGAAAACUUCGUGGAGAUACCUUGGACAGCGACUAAGUUAUCGUCGGAAGUAUAAGAAUUUGUACAAGACCAAGCUGGAUUUUCUUCGACAAGAACAUUCAGUUGAUGAAGAUAUUCUUCGAGAAUUAGAGCAAAUGGAGAAAGAAUCAGAUGUAGAUGAUAUUUUAAGCUAUAGGUCUGCUGCUGAACAUGAGCUACAGGAAUUUUCCUCAAAGUAUUCAGUGUCUGAUAUGGGAACAAAUGGUUCUAGUGUUGCUGUGGAGAAGUCACGAAGUGAUGACUCUUCAGCCAGCAAGUCCCGAGGAUGGCUAAAUUGGCUGUCCCUUGGUGUGCUUGGUGCUGGAGGGACAGACGAUUCAAGUCAAUUUUCUGGUGUUGUUUCUGAUGAAGUUAUAAAGGAUAUUUAUGAAGCAACAGAAUUCUAUCCUCCAGUUUUAUCCAAUGGAGACAUUGUUGUGAAUGAUAAGAUCUAUCUAUGUGCAAUCAAGUUCAGCAUUCAUCAAAUUUCUGCAACACUGCAGAGCAUAAAGUAUGGACAAGAAAUUGCUGAGUUGGUUCUUCUUGGGGUAACUAUUGAGUGUAAGCUUUUUGAAGAGUCUGCAACCAUCAAUGCUCUAGUUGAGUCAGGGGAGAUGGUUUGUCCAUGUAGCAAGAAAGUCAUUCUACUUAUGAAAAUGCCCAUUGUUGAGGAAGGUUUACUGUAUGAUAAGCAACCUUCCUGUAGCAUCCAAGUGGAUGUGUCUCCAAACUGCGAGGUUGAGUUGUCAGUAAAGGGCAUGCUUCAACCACUUGAAGUUACUUUUGAUGUAGAAUUCUUCCUGAGUUUCACUGAGUUCUUUGACGUGUUAAAAUCCUCAAGUUUUCAGCAUGAUAGGCUGCUCUCGUCACUGAAUGGUAUCAACAAUGUCAAUGCUAGACUGUUAUCAAAAGCUGAAUACAUUUUAUCAAGUCGAAAGAAAGUGAUCUGGGAUGUCAGUAUCAUCAAUAUCAUCCUAAAUGUUCCUUGGAGAAAUGCAGUGUCCGAACAAUUUAACUUGGUAUUGGAAUUCGGGGCCCUUUCUUUUGUAUCCAAAUCUGAUCUGGGUUUUCCCUCUUCGAAAUUUGAGGAACAAUCUUGUAAUCUGAGAAAUUUGUUUAAUUCAAUUUCCAACCAUAGCUUUCAUCUUCAAGAUCUUUAUGAUCACUUUGAAGUCAAAUUGAAUGAUUUUGAGAUGAAGAUAAUGGUGCCACAUCAUACUCAAACAGUCAGUGUUUUGGAGAAAUUUUGUCCUUCUAUUACCUUGGCAUCUUGUGUGAUCCUGGAUGAAUCUAUAUUGAGACAGUUGGAGGUUUAUAUUAUUGUACCCUCAUUUCAUGCACACUUGUCUCCAUCAAUAUAUGGUGCAGUUCUGGAAUUGAUUGCACAUCUAGGUACUCUGCAUUCGAAGUCUGAAUCUGCAUCAUCAGAAACUCUUGAUCCACAUGGUAUCACAUCAAAUGAAUGGAGGAAUCCGGUUUUUGGUUUAUCUAUCAGUGCGAAUUUGGAGUUGGUCUGUCUAGAAAUUGAUCUUGCAAAUAAUGGAGAUAACAGUUCUGCACUCAUGCUUGCUCUAAAAGAUUUGGAUUUGUGGUAUGCUCUUGGGAAAAUUGAGCAGUGCUGGAUCUGUAUGAAGGCAUUGAACAUCACAACCUAUCCAUUGAGAGGGGAAGGAGAGAGCCAUGUUCUGUACUCAUGUGGGAAUGCAUCUUCUACUAAUUCUAUGUAUCAGCAUGACACUGAUAUUGGUCUUAAUGAUAGAGGUGAUAGUUAUACUGACAUAAAUUUGUCUGCUGAAGAAUGCUUUAUUUUACAUUAUGAAUCUCUUAGAACAGAUUUGGUUUGCCACAAGUUUACACUUCACUUCAAUGAUGCUGAUGUCCACUGCUACCCAUAUGUAAUUGGAUUGCUGACUGGAUUUUUUGAUAGACUGUCUAUAUAUGGUACAUCUUCUGACAGUACCUAUAGCCCCACGGUGGAUACUGAAGUUCCAAAUACUGCAUCUGGUUUUGAGUUUCAAAGGUUUGGUUUUUCCAACUUUUUUGAAACUGGGUCCUCCGAAUAUGCGAGUAUACCUUUAGAUCACUUCCCAUUUGUCACUAUUUGCAACUCUGGUUCUCUUGCUAGCCUUGAGAAUUCACUUCUUUAUCCCAAUUAUGAGUGGAGAAAAUAUCUGAAUCUAAGGGACAGAAAAAUAAGAAGUCCAAAGUUCAGUAUAAAGGAGGGAUCUAAACUAUUUCAUUCUCCAAAAUUAUUAUCCACGUCUGGUACAGAAGCAAUUCGUGUGUGUGGGACCCCUGGUGUCGGUGAUCAAUUUCUUAUAGAUUUGCAUCUCCGUCAAAUCAGAGUGCAUUUUCAUGAUUCCUUGUGCGUUGUUGGAACAAUUACAGUACCAUUCUCUAAAUCUUCACUCUUUAUUACUGAAGAUUCUAUGGAUAUAUUAUGCUCUAUAGAGGGAUUGAUUCUCACCUCAUCUUGGUGGACAAAAACAUUUCGUGAGUUUUUAUGGGGCCCCUCAUUACCAAAUCUAUCUCCGAUUUUGAACAUACGUGUGAGGAAAGGAAAGAAUAAAUAUUUGAGUUCUCACUUUGAAGUAAGCAUCAGCAUUCAGCAUGUACAUUGCAUUUUACCGGCUGAAUAUUUGGCCAUAAUAAUAGGUUACUUUGCAUUGUCUGAUUGGAAUUCAAAUUCAAAUGAUCAACCUGUCACUGAUGGCCACGAGUACAUUAAUCAUGCAAAUGAGGAUUCCUUUAUAUAUAAGUUUGAGAUACUGGACUCCACUUUGAUUUUGCCUGUGGAAAGCAAUGAGUGUCAGUUUCUGAAGGUUGAAAUUCGACAACUAUACUGUAGUUUCAUCCAUGAGAGAAUUUCAGAUGAUGCAUUGAAGGAAAUCCCUCAUGAAUAUUUGGUACCAGUGCAUAAACUUGCGAGAAGAAAUCACUGUUUAAAUGUCUUCGGACAGGAUUUGUUCCUAUCAUUUGUAUUGUUCAAGGAUGAUGGACAUGGUUGCUCAAUGUUUGAUCAAGAUACUGACUCUGUUUAUGUUAGUUUAGUUGCACCCCUAAGUGCUGAUGUUUGGGUUACAAUACCUUGUGAGAGUGAAUCCCUUUGUAGAAGCUCUCCCUCAAUCACAUGUGUCAUGACAAGGAUCCGAGACUGUCAAAUUAUGGCUGAUGAUGGUCACUUUUUUAAUGGAUUUGAGGCUGUACAGGAUGUUAUUGAUCAGUUUUCCACUGUACUUGAUCAAUCAAAAGAAUUCAAAUCUGAUGUUCUACAGUUUCUUCAGUCAAGGAAGUUUUUAAAAGAGAUUAGUGCAGUUCCAUCUGUUGGGUCAAGCACGAUAUUCACAGAAGUUCAGUGUUAUGUUAAUUCAAUGUUAAUAAACUUGCAUCACUGUGGAAAAGAUUCAACGGAAAUGGUUGCUAAGGCUGAAGUGCAAUUUUCAUGCUCUGCAUCAUUGAAAGAUGACAAACUCUUAAGCUUGGGAGUUACUUUCUCUUCCUUGGAGUUAUAUUCUUUGCCUAAUUCUAUCUUAUUAGCACAAUGCUCAUCCACAUGCUCAUCCGCAUCUGUUCUUGACAUUUCUUUUUCUGAGUCAAUUCAUGAAGAAAAUGAGUUUUGUGUUUCUCUUCCUUCUCUUGAUAUUUGGCUACAUUUGGUUGACUUGGUUAAGCUUGUUGACCUUAUCAAUUCUUAUGCUGGACAACUGACCAAAACAAUACCUUUGGAUCCAUCAAAAAAUGUGUCAGUUGAUGUUUCUCCGAAUUCUCUUCAUUCUGCAAACAUGUCAACUCAGUUUUCAUCAGUGAACAUGAAGCGGGAUGCUGUUACUCUGAUUGUGAGGUCUGAAGAUGUUGGCAUUACAUUUUACUUCCCUGUUUUGGUCAGCAAAGAAGCAUGCCAGCAACUUCAACUGGACAACGAUUACAAGAAUGCACCUCAGAAUGUUUCAUAUAAUGUCCUUAGAGAAAAAGACUGUAAAUUUAUUGCUGUGAGUUUGUGUAUUAAAAGUAUUAGAUUAUUUUUAGAAGGCAGAAAUAUAAAAUUUAACUCCAACUUGGAAAAAUUGAGUGGCAUGAUUGUUAUAUGUGAGGAAAAGAGUGUUCCAUCUUGGCCUCUUUUCCAGAUAUAUCAGGUUGAUGUGGAGGUUCAGAUUAGUAAUAAUCAGAUGGAACUCAUGAAUGUUGAAGUGGAGAUUCAUUGCGAUCGUUCAGAUGUGUGGCUUUCACAUCGUGUGUUCUACUUCCUUCACAGUGCAUGUUUCAAUGUUCCUGAAGUAGAGUCUUCUGAAUUUGGGUUUGGUCAGAUUGAUUUUAAGGCCAAUUUAAGGAAGGUUUCACUUCUGCUAAGUGAUGGAAGGUGGAGUUGUAGUGGACCUUUGAUGGAAAUUCUUUUGAGGAACAUCACCUUGCGUGCUAAAGUGACUGAAAACAACAUUGAGGGUUCAGUCACAGCUGAAUUUCAAGUGAACUACAAUAACAUUCACAAGGUGUUGUGGGAACCCUUUAUUGAGCCUUGGCAAUUUCAGAUGGUUGUGAUUAGAAAGAAUGAGAUGAGUGCUUUGCUGAACAGCUUCAUAAUGACAGAUAUCCAAUUGAAAUCGAUAGGGCAGCUUAACUUGAACUUUACGGAAUCCCUUAUUGAGUGUCUUUCCAGGACAAUUGAGAUGAUUAAUGAUGCUUGGGAUCUGAUAGAACCAUAUGAUCAUCCUGAAAGCCAGAAACUCUUAAAUUCUCCAAUUACUAAAUAUAUGUCUGAUGGGAGAUAUGCUCCUUAUAUACUUCAAAAUUUGACUUCUGUGCCACUAAAAUAUCAUGUUUAUCAAGGGCUGGAUGGUUGUGGUGAGUUUGAUGUCUCAGAAGUGAGAGAUGGAAAUCAUGUGCUUCCAGGUUGUUCUGUUCCUAUUUAUAUUAAGGAAACUCCUGAAGAACAACUUUCUCGUUAUAGGACAGCCCAUUCUUCUGAUAGACUUAAUGAGCAGAAAUCAAAUGGGGUUGCUCAUCAUUUUAUUACCAUUCAACUUGAUGGAACAUCUGUGCCUUCUGUUCCUAUUUCAAUGGAUUUUGUGGGACUUACCUGUUUUGAGGUUGAUUUUUCUAAGGCAUACAAUGAUGACACUGAAGAUAAUGGAACAUAUACCAGCAGUGGUUUUGUUGUUCCAGUUGUGAUUGAUGUUUCAGUGCAGCGCUAUUGCAAAUUAAUAAAAUUAUACUCAACAGUUGUACUUUCAAAUGCAACUUCAGUGCCAUUGGAGCUGCGAUUUGAUAUUCCAUUUGGCGUAUCCCCAAAGAUAUUAGACCCAAUAUAUCCCGGUCAGGAGUUACCGCUACCUUUACAUUUGGCUGAAGCUGGUCGCAUGAGUUGGCGCCCAAUUGGAAAUUUAUAUUUGUGGAGUGAAUAUUAUAACCUCUCAAGUCUACUCUCACAGGAGAGCAAAAUUGGAUUUCUUAAAUCCUUUGUUUGCUAUUCACCUCAAGCAAGUGGUGAUCCAUUUCGCUGUUGCAUGUCAGUUAGAAAUAUCAGUUUGCAUUCAUCUAGUCGACCAAGGAAGAGUGGUUCUCUGCAUGAGGGUACUUUAAAGAAGUCUUUUGAAAGUCGUGGUCAAAUAUUGCAUAAUUUGGAUGAGUCAAAGAAGCGGUUUGUUCACCAACUGACCCUGACUACUCCAUUAGUGGUGAACAACUACCUUCCUGAGUCAGUCUCAUUGAGAAUAGAAAGUGGUGGGGUUACUCGUACUGCAAUUCUUUCAGAGGUGGAAACUUCCUUUCAUCAUAUUGAUCCUUCACAUGACCUGGGUCUGGAAAUCCAUAUGCAAGGAUUUAAACCAUCAGAUUUGAGGUUCCCUCGUACUGAAAAAUUCUGUGCAAUGGCUAAGUUCAGUGGGACCAAGUUUUCACUGUCUGAAACCGUGACCUUUUAUGCAGAUUUGUCAAAUGGUCCAAUACAUGUCACAGUGGAAAAAAGGAUCGAUGCAUUCUCCGCUGCCAAGGAACUCUUCAUUUAUGUUCCCUUUCUGUUAUAUAAUUGCACUGGUUUUCCGUUCAUGAUUUCAGAAUCUUCUGAUGAAAUGAACGGAGUGGGCUGCAUGAUUCCUUCCUGUUAUGAUUUGGAUGAACAACUAGUGGGAAAAAAAGAUGGUCUGAGUCUGCUGUCUUCUAGCCUUGAUUCACAUGCUAAACCUCCACCCAGUUUAAGGACUUCUUCCCUUGAAAAUCUUGUUGUCUCAACUAGGGAGAAUGUAAAUUUGUACUCUGCGAGAUUUCUAAGCAAACCCUUGAUUUCAUCUAAAUCCAUCACAAAUUCUCACAAGCAUUCAGACAUAACUGAUUUAGACAGUCAGAAAGCAUUUUUAAAUGGUUCAAAGAACAGCUUGAGUUCAAGCAGUCCGUUGGCUUCAAGGAAUUCCAACUCUGAAGGACAUGAGCUUGGAAGGGUUAAGGCAUGCAUGUAUUGUCCUAGACCUAUUUCCUCUACAAAUGAUGUUAUGGUUAGAGUAAGUAGGUGCUUGCCCGAAUGUGUUUCAGAAAGCAUGCCACUUUCUUCAUGGUCAAGCCCUUUUUAUCUCGUUCCACCAAGUGGUUCAACUACCAUUCUUGUUCCUAAAUCAUCAUCAAAUUCUGCAUCCAUGAUAUCUGUGACAUCUAGUGCAGUUGCUGGACCGAUUGCUGGGAGGACAAAUGCCAUUACUUUCCAGCCUAGAUAUGUCAUCAGUAAUGCAUGCAGCAAGGACUUAUGUUAUAAGCAGAAGGGAACUGAUUUUGUUUUCCAGCUGGGUGUAGGAGAACAUGCUCAUCUUCAUUGGACAGAUACAACCAGCAGGGAGUUACUGGUUUCCAUUCGUUAUAAUGAACCUGGAUGGCAAUGGUCAGGCAGUUUUUUGCCAGAUCAUCUUGGUGACACUCAAGUAAAAUUACGGAAUUAUGUUUCCAAUGCAUUAAAUAUGGUACGAGUUGAAGUGCAGAAUGCAGAUGUUUCCAUUCAAGAUGAAAAGGUAGUUGGAAGCCUGCAUGGAAAUUCUGGGACAAACUUGAUUCUCUUAUCAGAUGAUGAUACAGGGUAUAUGCCAUACAGAAUUGAUAAUUUCUCAAAGGAGAGGCUACGGAUCUACCAGCAAAAAUGUGAAACCUUUGAGACUAUUGUCCACUCUUACACAUCUUGCCCUUAUGCAUGGGAUGAACCCUGCUACCCACAUCGUUUGACUGUAGAGGUACUUGGAGAACGGGUUCUUGGGUCAUAUGCUCUUGAUGAUGUCAAAGACUACAUGCCUGUGUAUUUGCCUUCAACCUCUGAGAAGCCUGAGAGAACAUUGCGAUUAUCAGUCAAUGCUGAAGGAGCAACCAAGGUCCUCUGCGUCAUUGAUUCAAGUUUCCACAUAUUGAAUGACAUGAAGAAUUCAAGUGCAUAUCACUUAAGAGAAAAAGGGAAACAUGCUCAGAAACAAGACAAGCUUAUUGAUUACAAGGAAAAAAUAUCUGUUGUUAUUCCACAUAUUGGUAUCUCCUUGAUUAAUUCUUACCCACAGGAGUUACUUUUUGCAUGUGUGAAAAACUUAACAAUUGAUCUGCUUCAGAGUUUGGAUCAACAGAAGCUUUCCAUUCAAAUCUCAUCAUUGCAAAUAGACAACCAGCUGCGCACUACCCCAUAUCCCGUUAUGUUGUCCUUUGAUCAUGAAUACAGAUACAGCUCAGCCAGCCAAAUAAGAACCAAGGAUAAGAGUGCAAAAACAAGAACUGAAAGAUUUUUCCCAAUGGCAUCUGACAACUCUUGUGAACCUGUAUUCUACCUAGCUGUGUCAAAGUGGAGGAAGAAAGAUAUUUCAUUGGUUUCUUUUGAAUAUAUAAGCUUAAGAGUGGCAGAAUUCCGCCUUGAACUUGAGCAAGAAGUGAUAUUAAGUUUGUUUGACUUCUUCAAAAAUGUUUAUUCAAGGUUCCAAUUUAGGAUCAUGCCAUUAUCAGAUCCGUUACUGCAUUCUCAUAUCAAUGAUAUGGGUGUGGUAAUGGAAUCCACAGGCCAGGUUCAGACAUGUGAGUAUUUGAAUGGAAGGGAGGACCUAAUUCUUUCAGUGAAUGUACCUGCCUUCAAUGAAAAGAAUGGAGGUAGCCUAUCACUACCUUCAGUGGUUCCAAUCGGAGCUCCUUGGCAGCAUAUAUACCUUUUGGCCAGAAGACAGCAGAAAAUAUAUGUUGAAGUGUUUGAUGUGGCUCCCAUCAAGUUGACCUUAAGUUUUUCCAGCUCUCCGUGGAUGCUCAGAAAUGGGGUUCUUACAUCAGGAGAAUCUCUUAUCCAUAGAGGUAUUAUGGCCCUUGCUGAUGUUGAGGGAGCACGUAUUCAUCUGAAGCAAUUGACCAUUGUACAUCACAUGGCUAGCUGGGAAUCCAUUGAGGAGAUCCUCAUCCGGCAUUACACUCGGCAACUUCUUCAUGAGAUGUAUAAGGUGUUUGGUUCCGCUGGUGUUAUUGGUAAUCCAAUGGGAUUUGCUAGGAGUUUGGGGCUUGGCCUGAGGGAUUUCUUAUCAAUGCCGGCCAGGAGUGUUUUGCAGAGCCCUACUGGACUUAUUACUGGCAUGGCACAAGGCAGCACUAGUCUUUUAAGUAACACAGUCUAUGCUAUAAGUGACGCCGCCACUCAGUUCAGUAAAGCUGCACACAAGGGUAUUGUUGCAUUGACCUUCGAUGACCAAGCUGUUUCAAGUAUGGAAAAGCAACAGAUGAGUGCAGCUUCACAAAGUAAAGGUGUGAUAAAUGAAGUCUUAGAGGGACUCACUGGUCUUCUCCAGUCACCAAUUAAAGGAGCUGAGAAACAUGGCCUUCCUGGUGUCCUCUCAGGUAUAGCAUUGGGAGUCACAGGACUUUUGGCGAAACCAGCAGCUAGUAUCCUUGAAGUUACUGGAAAAACUGCACAGAGUAUCAGAAAUAGAAGUAGGCUAUACCAAAUGGGAUCGCAGCGCUUUAGGGCCCGUCUUCCAAGGCCUCUAAGCAGGGAACUUCCUCUAAGACCUUACUCUUGGGAAGAAGCAGUUGGAACAUCAGUACUUGUGGAGGCUGAUAAUGAUUUAAAGCUCAAGGAUGAGGUCUUAGUCAUGUGCAAAGCACUUAAACAAGCUGGUAAAUUUGUCAUCAUCACAGAGAGAUUUGUAUUGAUUGUUAGUUGCCCUAGUUUGGUGGAGUUGGGUAAGCCUGAAUUUCGAGGCAUUUCUGCUGAUCCAGAAUGGGUGAUAGAAUCGGAAAUUGGUUUGGAGAGUGUUAUACAUGCUGAUUCGGAUCAAGAAGUGGUACAUAUUGUUGGAAGCAGUCCAGAUACCAUACAGAGGCAAAACCAACAUCAUCCCAGAAAAGGCGUGGGUACAAGGACAGUGCGAUGGAGCAAUCCUACUACUCUCCCACUCUUCCAGACAAACUUGGAAUUGGCAAGCAAGGAAGAUGCAGAAAGUUUGUUACAAAUAUUGCUGUCUACAAUUGAACUUGGGAAAGAGCGGGGCUGGGGCUAUGGGCAUCUCCUGCAUCAAGGAAAUAUCAAGUAGCAUAAAAGUGGAGUACAUUUUUUACUGAUUUGAAGGAUUGGAUUCAUCACAAUGCCUGGCUCCUGCUACCGCCCUUGCCUAGCAAGCAAGGAAGAUGCAGAAAACUUGUUACAGAUAUUGUUGACAACAAUUGAACUUAGGAAAGAGUGAGGUUGGGCUAGGGGCAUCUCCUGCAUCAAGGUAAUUUCAAAUAGCUGAAAACUGGAAUUUAUUUUCUGCACUGAAGGAUUGGAUUCAUCACAAGGCCUGGCACCUAGUUCCACCCUUGCGUUGGCCCCCCAUACAAAGUGAGCGAGGGAGCACCUAUUAAAAAAAAGUUCCUUUGGGGCCUAUUUUUUGCUGAUUGGUAAUUAAACACCCCCAAUUGCACUAAACACACCACAUCUCCCUUGGACUGACGUGAUAUCUAAGCUUGAGCUCAUUGGCUUAAGUAAUGCUUUUUUAGAUAAACUUGGGUCAUAUGUUCUCAUGUAAAAUGCGUGUAACCUGUGUUGUGUACAUUAUGUAUAGUGGCUCCCUUUUUUCUUUUAACAGUUAUGUACAGCAUCAUUUUAAACUUUGGGUAAUUUUUUACCCUUGUAUACAUGUAAAGUAGUUAGUAAUCCAUGUAAUACACAAGAAAGUUUAACAGAUCAA